CCCCAAAAGAGAAAGUAAUCACCAAUCAGUCCCUUCGUCUUCAUCCAUUGCAAAACCUCCAUACCCACCGCCAUCUCCAUUUUUCGCUCAAAACCCUCCGCCAUUAUUCCAUAAAGAUUCCUGCUUUUAGCGAAUGCAUCAACCGCCAUUGAAAUCCCUAAUCUUUGAUCACUGGAAAAUUAGAGGGUAGAUUAUGAGCAACAUAGAGAUUCAACGUACGUGUGAUUGGAUUGACGUUAUUAGCCAACUGCCGGAUUGUAUUCUUCAUCAUAUUCUAUCGUUUAUUCCCACGAAAGAUGUCGUCAAGACCUCGAUACUGUCAAAAAGAUGGAACAAUCUUUGGACUUCUGUUCCAAAUCUAGAUUUCGAUGAUGCAUUGUUGUAUGCUAGUGAGAUGGACGGUCGGGAUCCACCUGAGGUGGCGUGUUUCAUGAACUUCGUAGAACGAGUUCUUUUAUUGCGUGAUGCAUCAAACAUGGAGAAGUUUCGUUUAUCGUGUCGUGUUUGCUUUAACGCGUCGCGGAUUCAUUCGUGGAUUUCUGCUGCUAUCAUGCACAACGUCCACGAGCUCGAUCUUUGCCUCUUUGCCGAAGAUCCAUCCGUGCUCCCUCGCUCCAUGUUUUCUAGCGUAUCGUUAACCAUCUUGAAGAUAGAAAUGAAUUGUAUUCUCGAACUCCCGAAUUCCGUCUGCUUGCCGUAUCUAAAAAUCUUGCACCUUUCUCUAGUUACGUUCAUGGAUGACGAAUCUACACAAAAGCUCUUUUCUGGGUGUCGAAUUCUUGAAGAAUUGGUUAUGCUAGAUUGCGAGUGGAUGAACUUAAAGAACAUCACAAUAUCUAGUUUGACCCUAAAGCGUUUAACGAUAGAUGAUCUACCGUAUUUUGGUCCGCCCGAUGCUCCUAGAGGCUGUACGAUCGAGAUCAAUACACCAAAUCUUGCAUACUUGAAGUAUACCGGCUAUCUUUCAAACGAGAUUUUCUUGUAUGAUGUAUCGUCACUGGUCAAAGCAUACAUUAGCGUACCGAUUCCAAACGAGCGGCAGAAAGAAGUUGUGUUUCAUGUUGUUGGUCUGCUCAUCGGGCUGCGGAAUGUCGUGACUUUGCGGGUAUCUAAUUGCACCAUCGAGUCUCUUGUAUUAGCAGGUAACAUGCUGGUUCAUCUUCCGGUUUUCCUGAACUUGGAUCGUUUAGAAUUGAGCAUGGAAAUUGGAAAUCCGACCGUUGGAUCAUUGAUGAAAUUGCUCAACUGCUGUCCAAAUCUACGAUCUCUUUGUAUCACCGAGGGAUUUGGUCAUGAUGUAUGCCUUGAUGAAAACGAUCUUAUUCUGUCGUGGCUACCUAAAUGCAUGUCGUCCCGCCUUAAAACGCUGGUUAUCGGAAACUUCCAUGGACAUGAUUCGGAAAUACGUUUUCUGAAAUGCUUUUUGCAGCGUGGACUUGUUUCAGAGAAAGUCGAUAUUUGUUGUUGUGAGAAUUUGUUGGGAGAUCCGAGCAGGCGAAAAGCAGUCAAGAAAGAGUUGGAAAUGAUCGCGAGGGGCUCUUCGUCCUGUGUCGUCACAUUCUCAUGAAACUUUGAGUUCUUGGAGAUCCGUUUUUGUUAGUGUCGUUUGUUGGUCAGCUGGCUCUACCUUUUUGACGAUGGCAGCGAGUGACUUAAGUUUGCCGUGGUUCCUACGUUUUUGGCUCGUCUUUUCGACAGUAUGUCGUAGUGAAGGAAGGUAUAUAUGUGUGGUCAUUUUGGGAACAUUUUGUGGGUUGUAGAGUUUGUUCACAUAUGGAGAGCUUAGUAGUACAUACAGAUUUAC